AUGGGCGGUCCGGGCCAGCAGGUGGUGGGCGCGUCGCUGCUCCGGACGAGCUCCAGCCUCCUCGGCGGCGGCGGCGGUGGCGGCGUUGGCGCCGGUGGCCAGCCAGGAUGGGGAUGGGGAUGGGCGGCGGCGGGGUGCUCCCGUCGCAGUCGCCCUUCUCGUCCCUCGUCUCGCCGCGCACGCAGUAUGGCGGCGGCGGCGGUGGCGUCGGGAACGGCUUGCUGGCGGGCGCGUCCAGUGUCGCGUCCAUGCUCAGCAGGCAGCAGUCGUAUGGGAAUGGGGGACGGGGCAAUGCCGGGCAGCGGUGCCGGUCUCCCCAUCGGUGGGAUGCAGCACAGAGGCGGCCUUGAUGGCGUUGGUGAUUUGGUUGGCACUGGAGGGCCCGAUUCCAUGGUGUUCUCGUCCUCUGGCCCUGGUAGUUUGGGCAACCAGCUUGGUGCCGACGGCUUACAGCAGCAGCAGCAGCAGCUGGAUGCACCGCAAGAUUCACAAAAUCAACAACAGCAGCAACAGCAAAUGUUAAUGGCAUAUAAUCAGCAGCAUAUGAUGCCACAAACUCAGCAGCAGCAGCAGCCGCAGCUGCAGCCUGCGGUGAAGUUGGAGAACGGAGGCGUCCUUGGUGGGGUCAAACUGGAGCAGCAGAUGGGGCAGCCUGAUCAGAGUGUUUCCACACAGAUGCUGCGCAGUUCGAGUGGUGGUGUGAAGCUCGAGCCGCAGUUGCAAGCGUUGAGAAGCUUGGGUGCUGUCAAGAUGGAGCACCAAAGCUCAGACCCAUCUGUGUUCCUACAGCAGCAACAGCAGCAGCAGCAGCAUAUGUUGCAGCUGUCUAAGCAGAACCCUCAGGCUGCAGCUACUCAGUUGAGCCUCCUGCAACAGCAGCAGCGGUUCUUGCAGCUGCAGCAGCAACAGCAACAACAGCAGCAGAUUCUCAAGAACCUGCCUUUGCAGAGGAACCAAUUGCAGCAACAGCAACAGCAGCAGCAGCAGCAACAACAGCAACAUCAGCACCAACAGUUGCUUCGUCAACAAAGUCUAAAUAUGCGAACUGGUAAAACACCUGCUUAUGAACCAGGGACCUGUGCAAAGAGAUUGACACAUUACAUGUAUCACCAGCAAAACAGGCCACAGGACAAUAACAUCGAGUACUGGAGAAACUUUGUCAAUGAAUACUUUGCCCCAAGUGCCAAGAAGAGGUGGUGCGUUUCUCUGUAUGGCAAUGGUCGUCAAACCACUGGAGUUUUCCCUCAGGAUGUUUGGCAUUGUGAGAUAUGCAAUAGGAAGCCAGGGCGAGGUUUUGAAACGACGGUUGAGGUCUUGCCACGGUUGUGCCAAAUCAAAUAUGCCAGUGGUACACUUGAGGAGCUUCUGUAUGUUGAUAUGCCAAGAGAGUCCCAGAAUUCAUCUGGACAGAUUGUUUUGGACUAUACCAAAGCGAUCCAGGAGAGUGUCUUUGAGCAACUGCGAGUAGUUCGUGAGGGGCAUCUAAGAAUUGUAUUCAACCAAGACCUGAAGAUUGCAUCGUGGGAGUUCUGUGCCCGGCGUCAUGAGGAACUUAUUCCUCGGAGAUCAAUCAUACCACAGGUCAGUCAACUUGGUGCUGUGGUGCAAAAGUAUCAGUCUUCCGUUCAAAGUUCGGCAUCACUCUCAAGUCAGGAUUUGCAAAACAAUUGUAACUCGUUUGUCGCAUGUGCUCGCCAGUUGGCUAAGGCACUGGAAGUGCCAUUGGUAAAUGAUUUAGGAUACACGAAAAGAUAUGUCCGCUGCCUCCAGAUUGCAGAGGUGGUCAAUUGUAUGAAAGAUUUGAUCGAUCACAGCAGGCAGACUGGGUCUGGUCCAAUAGAGAGCUUGCAUAAAUUCCCUAGGAGGGGGAAUUCAGGGGUUAGUUCUGUUCAAGCCCAGCAGCCAUAUGAGGAGCAGAAACCUGUUCCACAGAAUUCUAACCAGAGUGGUCAAAAUUCUGCUCCUGCAACUGGAAUUCAAGUCUCUGCCUCUGUCAAUGGUGAUGCUACGUCAAACAAUUCACUCAAUUGUGCACCAUCUACUUCCGCACCAUCUUCUUCAUCUGUUGUUGGUCUCCUCCAAGGCUCACGUCGUUUCCUUCCGCCAGCACCCUCAGCAUCAAAUGGCAAUAUGAUGCCUGCUCCUCAACACUCAAGCCAAAUGAAUUCGCCAACCAUGUCAUCAAACCCACCUCCUAUGCAAACACCUACAAGUCGACCUCAGGAACCUGAGCCAAAUGAGUCUCAAAGCUCGGUCCAGAGGAUAUUGCAUGACUUGAUGAUGCAAUCCCAUAUUAAUGGUGUUGGACCAGUGGGAAGCGAUAUGAGGAGAGCAAACACAAUUACUCCUGGUCUGAAUGGUGUCAACUCCUUAGUUGGUAACCCUAUGACAAAUAACCCUGGAAUCAAUGGAAUGGGAUUUGGGGCUCUGGGUGGCCUUGGUCAACAAAUGAGAACAGCAAUGGGGAACAAUGCAUUGGCAAUGAAUGGAAGGACCGGGAUGAAUCAUAGUGCGCAUGACCUGACACAGUUGAGCCACCAGCAGCAACAGCGAGAUUUAGGAAACCAAUUGCUUGGGGGCCUUAGAGCUGCAAACAGCUUCAAUAACCUUCAAUACGACUGGAAGUCGGCUCAGUAG